CUCUCUCUCUCUCUCUCUCACAUAGAUCUUUGCGUUCUUCUUCAAUCUCUCUCUCAAAUUUUACGCUUUCCCUCUGAUUUUAAAGCCAUGGAAGAUCGAACGGUGGAAAUGUUCUCAGAAAAAAUUGAUUGCUUCUCUCCUAAUUGCGAUUUGAAGCCCUCGUCGCACUCUCCUUCAGUUCAAACCCUAGAGGAUUCAACUUCUCACUCAGAUCAAACCCUUGAAACUCCCAGUUGUGAGAAAGUGCAAACUGUAGAGACUGAAACCAGCGAAUCAGGCAUUGACAAAGAACAAAUUGAGGGGAAUUCCAGUUUCACAGAUGAAAAUAGCUUGUCAAAUGGAAUCCAAGAAAUUUCUCCAGACCAGGGGCAGACCCUUCCUAUAUUGCAGAAAAUCAUUGAUUUGAGCACCAAAGUGCAGAAUCUCAAAAAAGAGCACACCAUCUUGUCUGAUCAAGUGAAGCUCACAACAAAUUCCUUCCCGGGCUCUGCAGUUUUGAACACUCUUCAGCUUCUCAGUACUGAAUAUGAACUUUUAAAGAAGAAGUAUCUUUAUGAGUCAUCUGAACGUAAGAGCCUUUACAACGAAGUAAUUGAGCUUAAAGGCAAUAUCAGGGUCUUCUGCAGAUGUAGACCUUUAAACCAAAUUGAAAUUACAAAUGGGUCUACUUCUGUAGUCGAAUUUGACUCAUCUCAAGAUAAUGAGCUGCAGGUCGUUUGCUCUGAUUCUUCAAAAAAGCAAUUUAAGUUUGACCAUGUCUUUAGGCCGGAGGACAACCAAGAAGCUGUUUUCGCUCAAACUAAGCCUAUUGUAACUUCGGUGUUGGAUGGGUAUAACGUCUGCAUAUUUGCCUAUGGACAAACUGGAACAGGGAAGACGUUUACAAUGGAGGGAACACCUGAAAAUAGGGGAGUUAACUACAGGACUCUAGGGGAGUUGUUUCGAAUUUCUCAAGAGAGAGUUGGCGUUAUGAGAUAUGAAUUGUUUGUUAGCAUGUUGGAGGUUUACAAUGAAAAGAUACGGGACCUAUUGGUUGAAAACUCCAACCAACCUGCAAAGAAGUUAGAGAUAAAGCAAGCAGCAGAGGGAACACAGGAAGUCCCAGGACUUGUUGAAGCUCGUGUUUAUGGUACUGAGGAUGUUUGGGAACUGAUGAAGUCUGGAGGCCGAGCCAGAUCUGUUGGAUCCACCAAUGCUAAUGAGCUCAGCAGUCGUUCUCACUGCUUGUUACGAGUAACAGUUAAGGGGGAAAAUCUAAUAAAUGGACACUGCGCAAAAAGUCACCUUUGGCUGGUAGACUUGGCUGGUAGUGAGCGUGUGGGGAGGAUUGAAGUGGAAGGCGAAAGAUUGAAGGAAUCUCAGUUCAUUAAUAAAUCUCUCUCAGCACUUGGUGACGUUAUUUCUGCCCUUGCAUCGAAAACAGCUCACAUUCCUUACAGGAACUCCAAGCUCACUCAUAUGCUGCAGAGCUCUCUAGGAGGAGAUUGCAAAACCCUGAUGUUUGUCCAGAUCGGCCCAAGUGCAGCUGAUCUAGGAGAAACUCUUUGUUCACUGAAUUUUGCCAGUCGAGUCCGUGGAGUUGAGAGUGGCCCUGCUCGGAAACAGGUGGACGUUAACGAGCUUUUCAAGUACAAGCAAAUGGCAGAAAAGCUCAAGCAUGAGGAGAAGGAAACAAAGAAAUUACAGGAUAACUUGCAGUCCUUGCAGUUAAGGCUUUCUGCCAGAGAACAUAUCUGCAGAAAUCUUCAAGAGAAGGUUCGAGACCUUGAGAACCAAUUGGCAGAGGAAAGGAAAACCAGACUGAAACAGGAAGCCAGAACUUCGGCUCAGCCCUCAGUAAUGUCAUCUUUUAAACAGGCAGCACAGAAACCUACAACAGAGAGGAAGCCACCAUUGGUUCCUACAAAGAUGAGGUUGCCACUGCGAAGAAUUAAUAGUUUCCUGCCCCCACCAUCUCCCAAACCACCCCAAAAAAAUGGCACAACCACUUCUAUUAUUUCAGCAGCUGGCAAAGAAAACAUUCCCAAAACAACAAUGGUGCCAAUAAACACAAAAAGCCUUAUGAAGCCGAGACGGUUUUCUGUUGCUGUCAGACCACCUCCUCCUCCAUCAACAACAACAACGCAGGUUUUUCAGCCUAGGAGACGGGUCUCCAUUGCUACCCUCCGCCCAGAAUCCAACUCUUACAUGACAACACCACUCCACACCUCUUCCUCUCGAUUUAAAAAUGGCAGUGCAAUGGGCCGGCAGUCGUUUGUGAAGGACCCACGGAAGGCGCGGUAUUCAAGGUUAUUCUCGCCAUUGCCAGAGUCAAGGAGAGCACCAGAGACAACACCAACUGCCAUGAGGAGCAGCAGUAAGUUCAUGGGAAGUCCUCCUUCGUGGAAAUCGAAACAUACAACAGUUGUUGCACUACAACGAAAGUCAUUGGUGUGGAGUCCUCUGAAGUUGAGAGGCUAUAACAGGAAGCCAUCAAUGUUGCCUUCACGACCUCCAACUGAGAUGCAAUGAAACCAUGUCUUCUCAGUCAAUAUACUCAAUACACCCUGAAACCACCAUAAGCCUUUUCCUUUUGCCCCAUUUUUUCUAUAAUUUUUUUUCUUUCUUUUGGGAUAUUUUUGCAAAUAUAUUCUCCUUGCGUACUCAUUCAUGUUUCUUAGAGAUUGGGCUACAUUUUCUGUAUCCAAGCAUUUCUUAACCUGUAUCUGAUCCAAACCUUGCAGCAUUUUCCUAGUUGGAUGGAAAAUUCAGUACUCUUAAAUGUCUUAAUAUAUACCGGCAAGUGUU